CUUCUGGGUCUUCUAGACCCUGUGACCGGCGCCGCUGGCGGCUAAAGCACGGCGCACCUCCACCGUCACCCGGACCAGCUCCAUCGAGCCACCCGCAGCCAAGCUUGUGGAUAUAAAAACUUCCAACUUGUUCGAGCCACUACGGAGUACUUCUUAACUACUCCUACCUCACUUUUCCUCUACCGCAUUCGAUCCAUAUUGCAAGCUCGCCUUCACCUUCACAGAGCGCAUCCACAGGAAUGGCUCCCAGCAGCGAUGCCGCCUGCCCCAGCGAGGUCGAGACCGAGCUCUUCCCCUUCAUCCGCGUCUACAAGAAUGGCAACAUCGAGCGCCUGUUCGGCACGCGCACCGUGCCGGCGUCCGUCGACGCCACCACGGGCGUGGCCUCCAAGGACGUCACCAUCGACCCGGCCACCGGCCUCUCCGUCCGCCUCUACCUCCCGGCAGCCGCCGCAGGCGGCAGCGCCAAGAAGCUGCCCGUCCUCGUGUACGUCCACGGCGGCGGCUUCAUGGUCGAGUCGGCGGCCUCCCCGACGUACCACCGCUACCUCAACGCGCUCGCCGCCCGGGCCGGCGCCAUCGCUGUGUCCGUCGAGUACCGCCGCGUGCCGGAGCACCCGCUCCCCGCGGCCUAUGACGACUCCUUGGCGGCGCUCGCGUGGGCGGUUGACGCCUGCGCCGCCGGUGGCGGGGGAUCGGAGCCGUGGCUCGCGGCGCACGGGGACGCGUCCCGCGUGUUCCUCGCUGGCGACAGCGCGGGCGGCAACAUCGCGCACAACGUCGCCCUGCGCGCCGCGGCCGAGGGCGCGGCGAUCGCCGGCGUGAUGCUGCUGCACCCUUUUUUCUGGGACCCGUCGAACACCAUGUCGCCGGAGCUGGAGGUCAGGAUCCGCCGCGAGUGGGCGUUCACGUGCGCGCGGCCCGACGCCGAGGUGAACGACCCGAGGAUCUGCCCGACGUCCGCCGGGGCGGCGCCGCUGCUCGCGGCGAUGCCGUGCGGAAGGGUGAUGGUGGCCGUGGCGGAGAACGACUUCCUGGCGCCCAAGGGACGGGCGUACCACGCGGCGCUGCUCAAGAGCGGGUGGCGCGGUGAGGCGGAGCUGGUGGACACGCCGGGGCAGGACCACGUGUUCCACCUCCUGCGACCGGGGACGGAGGCGGCCGCCGAGAUGUUGGGUCGCGUCGCGGAUUUCAUUUCUCGUGCUUGACUACCCGUUGUUCCUUUUGUAUACUGCGUGGCAUCGUCUGAGUGUGAGAGAGUGACUGAGUGAGGCGUGUCAUUAUUGUGUGAGCAGGAUCUAUUAUUCUCGUGGAUUCAUAUACAAAAAUAAAACUCAGUGCUUUGAAAUACUCA